AUGGAUACUAUGGUGAAGCAGUCUCUGGCAGUGCCCAUGAAGAAGCUGUCCAGCUGUGUGACAGGGGUGAAGGAGAGAGAGGUGUGGGCCAGGCGCAGGGCCAAGAGGGGGACAGGAGGAGUAAAGAGCACCCCUCCACGGAUGGGACACACCCCUGUCAUACGCUCCUACCAAACUGACCUGGAGAAGGAGAGGUGAGUGACUGCAAACUUAACUAGAACAUGACCACUGUGGUCAAUGUGGAGAUUAGAAACAAGACCAUGAGGCGAUUAUGGAUGAAAACUAGCUUUGGUAACAGACAGAUUGGGGGUUGGUUGUGAUGGGUUUGAGAGCAGGGGGGUUGGUUGUGAUGGGGUUGAGAGCAGGGGGUUGGUUGUGAUUGGGGUUGAGAGCAGGGGGGUUGGUGUGAUGGGGUUGAGAGCAGGGCGGUUUGGUUGUGAUGGGUUGAGAGCAGGGGGGUUGUUGAGAGCAGGGCGGUUGGUUGUGAUGGGUUUGAGAGCAGGGGGUUGGUUGUGAUGGGGUUGAGAGCAGGGGGGUUGGUUGUGAUGGGGUUGAGAGCAGGGGAGUUGGUUGUGAUGGGGUUGAGAGCAGGGCGGUUGGUUGUGAUGGGGUUGAGAGCAGGGCGGUUGGUUGUGAUGGGGUUGAGAGCAGGGAUGUAUUUAUGUUUGUGUGUGUGUCUAUCUAUGUGUUACAUAUGAUGUGUCAUUGUUGUGUUGAUUCCAGGAAGCUGAGGGAAGCCCUGAACGCUCAGAAGCAUGCAGAGAGAGCUGCCAUGAGGGAUCACUUCAGGAAGAAGUACCAGCUCUCCAAGGUUAGUGUGUUGCAUUAUCAGACCAAAUUAAACCACUAUCUCCUAGCCCCUAGCCUCUAGCCCCUAGCCUCUAGCCCCUAGCCCCAUACCCAUAACCCUUAAAGCAGUGCUUCUUCACAAUUUAUCUGUCUGACAUCAUCACAGUUCUGAUACUGACAAUGUUUCUUACUUCGGUGCUUUGAGACUGAAGUUAAAAAUGGCAAGACCAUAUUUAAACUGUAUUUUCUUAUUUUUCCUCGUCACCCAACCCCUGUCUUCCCAACUCUCUUCCCAACCCUCUUCCCAACCUCUUCCCAACCCUCUUCCCAACCCCUAGAGCUCCAAGGACACCAGCCACCUGAGUGCGGUUAGAGAGAAAGUGGCCCUCCCCCGUCAGCUGACUAAACUGAUUCGUCCUGAGACCCCGACCAAGGACGAUGGCUACAGCCUGCUGAGCGCCUUCCAAGGCCUCAGCUUCAACAUGGGGAUGCUUGGAGGCAAGCAGAGCAAGUCGCCCACUCCAAUGUCAGUCAACGGAGAGGCCUGCAAAGUCAUGUGA